CUAAAAACGGCGGCCAUAUGGCAAGACCAAAACUGAAGUUUGCUUGGAUCGAGGAUCGAAAGAAAAGAAACAUUGUUUGCCAGCAGAGGAUGAAAGAAUUGAUGAAAAUGGUUGAAGAACUAACCAUCUUGUGUGAUACGAGUGCAUGCUUGACCUUUUUGAACCGUGAUGAUGGUAAGCUUGUGGCGUGGCCACCUCAGGAGGAGGCUAAAUCUCUCAUCGAGCGUUUUGAAGCAUUACCGGAAAAUGAGAGGAACAAGAAUGCGGAUGAUCAAGAGUCAUACAUCAAGACCAAUACCAAGAAGAUCGAGAAGAAACUAGAGCAUUCUCGGAAGGUAGUCGAGGAGUUAGAGAUGGAUCAUCUCAUGCUCCAACUCCAAAAUGGUAGAAUGCUGGCUGAUUUUUCUCAAACCGAGAUUGAGAAUUUAAAGUCAUAUGCAAGUAAGAAAAUCACGGGUUUGACAAGAGAGUUAGGUACGGAACAUCCUUAUACAAGGGUCGACGAGCCAUUUCUUGGAGAUGAGAUCCCAAAGGCUAAGGAUGUUGCACCUGAACUGGAACCUUGUUUCCGCCCGAUGGGAAGGGGAAGUGUCUAUUUAAUGGACAAGUGGUUUUUGGAUAAUCCAAAAGUUCAAAAACAUGGCGAUGGGACUCAUAUGUCAUCUCAAUUUAACCUGAACAUGGAACCGUAUGAUGACGAUAAGAAGUACAUGGAGUCAGACGAAGGAGAGAGCAACAAGUCUGGUGGUGCAGACAAUGCCUAA